AUGGGAUUUGAAAAUGUGUGGCUGGCAUGCCUCAUGGGUCUGUUCAUCACUGGCAUCCUCUCUCUGGACUGUAACUUACUGAAUGUUCGCCUGAGGAGAGUCACCUGGCAGAAUCUGAGCCUUCUAAGGAGGAUGAGCAAUUCAUUUCCUAUAGAGUGUCUACAAGAAAGCAAAGCUUUCGAGUUGCCCCAAGAGAUCCUCUCACACAGCCAGCCUCUGAAGAGGAACAUCAAGGAGGCCUUCUACAAAAUGUCCAGACAAGCCUUCCACAUCUUCGCUCAAGACACGUUCAAACCCACUUGGGAAGAGACACACCUGAGCCUAGUCCAGGUCGGACUUGGUCACCAGCUGCGGUACCUGGAGCAGUGCUUGGAAGAAGAGGAGGACGGAAAUGAAGAGAGAGGGAGAAACAGGAGAGAGGGAAGCGCCUCUCUCAGCCGGAGAGGAGACCCCCAGGAGCGCCGGCCCUCCAGCCGGGCGACCUAG